GUUCUGCAGGAAGCAGAUGACCAAAUUUGGUGCCUGGCUUGCUGCCUGGUGGGCCCUUCACCCCCUCCCCCUCAUCUCUCUUUCCCCCGUUCCCCUCUCUUCUCCCUUGGUCGUCCUUCCCUGCCGGCGACGACUGUGCGAGCAGCUGCGCCCUUGGGCACGUCUUCGCCGGGCACUUUGCCGGCGACGAGCACCCCACCAGGUAUGCACGCCCCUUGUCUUCCCUUACUCCGCUGCCCCCAGCUUCUCCUACCACGGCCGCAGCCCGCCGUUUGCCGCCAGUUGGCCAUCGCCUCUUCGCCGGGCCUCAGGAGCACCGUCGCCUUCUCCGUCUCCGGGGCUAGCGCUCGAGACCCUCCGCGGCGGGCUGCGGUGAGCGGCCGCGCCGUGCGUGAAGAAGAAGGACAGCAGUGGGGGCACGCGGGUGAUGAUGGCGGGGAGGACCUGGGGGAGGCGCUCGACAGGACGCGGCAGCUCGUGGAGUGCGCCAUGUUCGCGGCCGUUGCUGGACUCGCCUACUUCCUCAGCAAUUCCCUCGGCAUUGAGAACUAUUUCAGUUGCUUUUUCCCACUGCCGAUAGUCAUCUCCUCCUUAAGAUGGGGGCUAGAAGCCGGCAGGAAAACUGUGGUGGCCACUGUUUUACUUCUAUUCACAUUAUCUGGCCCUGUAAAAGCAUCUACUUAUCUGCUUAUGCAUGGAGUAGUUGGUCUCAUCAUGGGUACUGUUUGGAGAUUGGAGACCAAUUGGAUUGUUUCCAUCAUCCUCUGCUCCAUUGUCCGUGCCCUGGGAGCUUGUGGUUAUGUGCUAGUGUCAUCAUUUCUAAUAAGAGAAAAUAUUCUCGCAUUGAUAACGGUUAACAUCCAUGCUUCCUUGACAUAUAUCCUGGCAGCAGCUGGUGUGAACACAAUUCCUUCCAUGGAUGCAAUAUAUGUGCUGUUUGGGACACUGCUUCUACUUAAUUGUGGAUUCUUCGUCUUCCUCCUGCAUGUAUUGUAUACAGUGUUCCUGACGAGGCUUGGAAUAAAGCCGGCACUGAGACCGCCAAGAUGGCUGGACAGAGCAAUGUGAAUUUAGGAGUAGAAGGCUAUCGUUGUGGCAGUUUUACUAAUCUGUGGAGGUGUGGAUGGAAGCUAGCUUGCACUCCGACAGAACCUGUAAAAUGCGUUCUCUUGUCUAACCUUCUGGGUACAUGAUUCUUGUUGCCCCAACAUAGACUAGAUCUGUAACCAACCAUAGAAUACAUGUAUGGCAUUUCGUAUGUUUUGGGUCAGGUCAGAGUUGCAAACAAGAUUUUCUCUGAUGACGAGUUGAUGAUACAUCAUUGAUUGUAUUGACAAUUGACUGAUUGAUCUACCUAAUUCAGUUAUCAAGAGCUGUGGCGCAAAUUCAAUA